CCUCUCUCUCCUCUCUCCCCCCUCUCUCUCUCUCUCUCUCUCAGCAGCAGGAGGAGGAGUCAGCAGGAGGAGGAGGAUGCUGUCAGGUUGCCGUGGUUUCAGCCUCUCAUUUCUUGUGGCGACCGUCGUCGGGAUGUGUGUGUGUGUGUGUGUGUGAGCUCUGAGGACAUAUGACGGGAGGACAGAGGGAAGGAAGAGAGGAAGGAAGAGAGGAAGGAGGGAGGAAGGAGGGAGGAAGGAGGUGUUGAAGGGUGGAUUAACGUCGCAGCAGAAGAGAAUCACAGCGAGUCAUCGUUUCCUCUGACGACAGGAAGCUUCAUCAAUCCUCCUUCAUCCCUCCAUCUCUGUCUCUGCACAGGGAGGACGGACGGAGGGACAGACGGAGACACUGAAGGAGGGAGAGAAGGAGACACUGAAGGAGGGAGAGAAGGAGACACUGAAGGAGACACUGAAGGAGGGAGAGAAGGAAACACUGAAGGAGACACUGAAGAAAGGAUGAAGGGAGUUUGAGUCGUCGCAUAUCCUCCGGUCUGCGGGGAGUUAUGACGUCUCAGGAGGAGGCGUCUUCCUUCAGGAGGUUUUUUCAGUACGUGGAGGAUAGCGGCCUUCGAACAUACGACGGUCUGGUCAUUCAGAACGCCUCCGACAUCGCCAGAGAGAGCGAUCGGGUCCGCAACCAGACGAACUGGGCCUACCUGCAGGAGAAACACCAGAAGAAGAGACGACAGGAGGACGCCAUCAAGAGGAUUGGUGAAGAUGUUGCCAUGGCAACAGACGGGGCAUACUCUGGGAAACAUUUCAGGAUGGGUUUCAUGACGAUGCCGGCCCCACAGGACCGUCUGCCGCCCCCCAGUCAGGGCUUCACCGUCCGGUCCCAGUCCCUCCACUCGGUGGGCGAAGACAACGACUCCAAUCCCAACCGGAAACAACCUCCCCCCAAACCCAAGAGAGACCCCAACACCAAACUGAGCAGCAGCUCUGAGACGAUGGACGGAGGCUCCAAGACGGACGUUCAAGAGUUCAAAGAGACGUCGGAGCAGGCUGAAGCUCGGCGUCUCUCUGGUGAGGACUACAGGAAGAUGCCUCCACCCAAACCCAAAAGAAAUCCAAACACUCAGCUCAGCACCUCCUUUGAUGAAUCUUACGUCCGUAUCCAUGGCAACAAGAAGUCUUCCUCGCGACUGGACAAAUCUUCAUUCCAAAGUCAGAGUCCGACGUCGAGGGACACGGACGACGAGGAGCCCGUCUACAUCGAGAUGGUGGGAAACGUCCUCCGGGAGCUGAAAGGUCAGGACGGCGUGGAGGACGAACAGAGCGAGGCGGUCUACGAGGAGAUGAAGUACCCAAUGCUCGAGGACUUCCUGCAGGACGCUCACGCUGCCAUCAUGGAUCCUGAAGCCUGGUCGUCCCGCGGCUCUCUCUGUGACAUCCCUCCACCCUUCCCCAACCUCCUGACUCACCGCCCACCGCUGUUCGUCUUCCCCCCCGCCCCGGCCCAGUGCUCCCCCAACUCCGACGAGUCCCCCCUCACCCCGUUAGACGUCACUCGGCUGCCUGUGAUGGACAACGCCACCUACAGCCAGUCGGGUGGUGUUGAACCUUCUCAGAGCUCCACCCACCACCGCAAGGAGCGAGAUCGGGACCGGGACCGAGACCGAGACCGAGACCGAGACCGAGACCGAGACCGUGAUCUGUCCUCCACCCACACUGUCACCUCCUCUGGCCGCUCGUCAGCUCCGCCUUUGCCCUCCAACCUCUACAAGUCCUCUGGCUCCGCCCACAGUGGUCACGGUUACCCCCGCAGCCAAUCAGCAUGUCCGUCUCCGGUCAGCAUGGGUCGCUCUCUGACCCCCCUCAGCCUGAAGAGGCCGCCGCCGUACGACGCUCUGAUGGCAGGAGGAAGUAUGCCCCGCUCUUCCUCUUCCUCUUCCUCGUCCUCACACAGGGCCGGGGACUGUGGAGCUAAACUCAGUAACUCGUCCUCCGCCCACGGCUCCAUGCAGAACGUGUCCAUGAGGUCACACACUCCCACCAGCCCAUUGGACGAACUCAACAACCUGUUCAGCUCUGGUAGACAGGUGAUGAAGAAAGGAACCGGAGGCAGGAAGAGCAGAGGGAGUGAAGGAGACUCCAGGUCUCUGCCCAGACACGGCAGUAAAGACGGAAAGUCCAGUCCAGUUUCAGGAAGGAUGGGGAGGUCGUCUGUCAGCCCGACCAUGAUGCUGUCUGGAGGCGGAGGAGGCGGAGGAGAAUCGAAGUCGGUUUGUAAACUCGGCCGUUCAGCAUCGACUUCAGGAGUUCCUUCACCAGGUGGAACGCCACAACGUCACCUGUAUGAGCCGCAUCAUCAUCAUCCUGCCCUCAGCCAGAUGCCCUGGCUCUGUGGAGAUGCCACCAUGAUGGAGAUGAUCGAGAAGAAAAGAGUUUUGUGUCGAGAGAUUAAAGCUCGUCAGCGUCCUGAGAAGAAUCUGUUCAAGCAGGACAGCAUGCCCAUCCUGCCGAGCUGGAGGAGGAAGCAGCCGCCGCCGUACUCUGCCCCGCCCACGGCCACCGCCGCCGGACAGACCCCCGCCACGGUGUUCUGGGACACCGCUAUUUGAGAUGCAACUACGACAGAGACACAACAACAGAAACAAUGACUGUUUACAUGUUUACAGGCACAACAUAUUCACCCUGUUGGAGUUUAAUCUGACAGUCGAGUAGCAGAACACUGUAAAAAAUAUCAUGUGUGUGUGAAAACACGACCUGAAUCUGUUAAAAACAACAACAACAUGUUUUUUAUAUUUAAAUAAUAAUAAUAAUCUGUGAGGCUCGUCUGUCAGUGGGGGGCGGGGGGGAUGUUUUUAUAUUCAAAGAAAGUUUUUAUUAUGAUGAAAAAGCAACUAUUUUAAAAUGAGAAUAUUUUGGCACGUUGUUGGUUGGUUUGGUCCCAUCCCAGUCUGGAUUAACUCCAGUUUAACUCCAGUUUAACUCCAGUUUAUCUCCAGUUUAACUUCAGUUUAACUCCAGUUUAACUCCAGUUUAACUCCAGUUUAACUCCAGUUUAUCUCCAGUUUAACUCCAGUUUAACUCCAGUUUAACUCCAGUUUAACACCAGUUUAACACCAGUUUAACUCCAGUUUAACUCCAGUUUAACUUCAGUUUAACUCCAGUUCACCUGAAGGUCACCUGAAGGUCACCUGAAGGUCAGGGGAUGAUGAGUGACUGUGGAGGGAAAUGAACGCCGUGUAUCGACUUGUUGUUGGAAGUGAACGAGCUGACUGAUUCAAGAUGUCAUAUCAAUGGUAACGUGAGACUGAAGCAAAGCAUUCUGGGAUACGAUGGUGAUACCUGUGUAUGUAAAUGAGCCUGAAGCCAUGGAGAGAUUAAAUGUUUAAAUAUGCACAAACACA